UGGAAAACUGACCCACUAUAUUUUGCUCCUCCUUUUAGUUGUAAACAUCCUUCUGGAAAUACAUAUGUGCACAAGCACAGUGCUCACAUAAUUCAUGAGUUGGACACCAGAUGAAAAAAAACCCCAAGAAAAUAAUAAGUGGAGUAAACUUCCAUCCAACUUAAGUUACCACGGUCCACGGUUAAUUCCUAUUGACUACGAACAAAUUGUUUUACUAUGUUAACCAUGUUUUUUUAGACAAUAGUGUCAAAUUAUCAUAUUACGUAUGAAUUUAUGAUUACACCUCUUCUUUCUCCCUGAAAAUACUGCAGCAUCCUCUCGAUUUGAGAUGAUUACUUCAGUUUCUUGCCACACCAGAGGUAAUCCAUUCCCUUGAUUUUUGUUAAAAGAUAAAGAUAAUAUAGACGCUAUCUUUUUAAACGGCCAAUAUCAUUAUUAAUCAAAUAACUGAAAAAAAAAUGUCUCUGAAUGAUACUUGCCCCUACUUCGCUAUCCACAGUUGCGAUUUGCGACUUGCAAGCACACCGUAGCUAACUUCUCUCCUUCUGGGUAUAAAUAUCCCUCUCCUCUCCCUGUUUCUCCUCAUCCCUGCUUCCUCUUCUACACCUCAUUUUCCGCUUGCAUCUUGCUCAUUCAGAUCUCUUCUGCUUUGAGCAAUGGCCAACCUCACCGACCUCGUUAACCUCAACCUCAGCGACUGCAGCGACAAGAUCAUCGCCGAGUACAUCUGGGUUGGAGGAUCGGGCAUAGACCUCAGGAGCAAAGCGAGGACUGUGAAAGGCCCCAUCACCGAUGUGAGCCAGCUGCCGAAGUGGAACUACGACGGCUCCAGCACCGGGCAGGCUCCCGGCGAGGACAGCGAAGUGAUCCUCUACCCUCAAGCCAUUUUCAAGGACCCGUUCAGGAGGGGCGACAACAUCCUUGUGAUGUGCGACUGCUACACGCCACAAGGUGAGCCAAUCCCCACUAACAAGAGGCACAGUGCCGCCAAGAUCUUCAGCCACCCUGAUGUUGUUGCUGAGGUGCCAUGGUACGGUAUUGAGCAGGAGUACACACUCCUUCAAAAGGAUGUGAACUGGCCCCUUGGCUGGCCAGUUGGUGGCUUCCCUGGCCCACAGGGACCAUACUACUGCGCUGCCGGUGCCGAAAAGGCGUUCGGCCGCGACAUCGUGGACGCCCACUACAAGGCCUGCAUCUACGCCGGGAUCAACAUCAGUGGCAUCAACGGGGAAGUCAUGCCCGGCCAGUGGGAGUUCCAAGUUGGCCCGUCAGUUGGCAUCGCCGCUGCUGACCAAGUGUGGGUUGCCCGCUACAUCCUCGAGAGGGUCACAGAGGUGGCCGGAGUCGUGCUCUCCCUUGACCCGAAGCCGAUCCCGGGUGACUGGAAUGGCGCUGGUGCCCACACCAACUUCAGCACCAAGUCGAUGAGGGAGCCGGGAGGCUACGAGGUGAUCAAGAAGGCGAUCGACAAGCUCGCGCUGAGGCACAAGGAGCACAUCGCCGCCUACGGCGAGGGCAACGAGCGCCGCCUCACCGGCCGCCACGAGACCGCCGACAUCAACACCUUCAAAUGGGGCGUGGCGAACCGCGGCGCGUCCAUCCGCGUGGGGCGCGACACGGAGAAGGAGGGCAAGGGGUACUUCGAGGACAGGAGGCCGGCGUCCAACAUGGACCCAUACGUCGUCACCGGCAUGAUCGCCGAGACCACGCUGCUGUGGAAGCAGAACUAAGCCGUCCGGCGGGCCUCUCCCGUGCAUUUCUGCGCCCAAAAAAAACAAAAAAAAGAAACGUACGCGUGCGUGCAUCAGCCGUGAUGUGUCAACGUUGGAUUUCGGUCUCGGUCUAUCCUUGGCGUCGACAAGGCCCUUUGAAUUUUAUUACUAGUCUGUCCUGUUCACCGAGUGUCAUUUUGUGUACUCUGAAUAAUAAUGCUUUGUAAAACGGAUUUGCUUUUUCCGUAGGGACGGAUGUUCUUGAUUUUCCUAUAUCGUGAUUUAUAUAUAUGGAAAACCGCUGUCUUUUUUUGUUCGA